UCGCGCUCUGAUUGGCUGGGCGGCGGUCACGUGGCGUAGUGCAGUCAGUCGCUGUGCUGUGCCUCGAGCCAGCGCUGAGUGGAGCCUGUCUGCCAACAGCUUCAGCAGCGGCUCUAUCUGGAACCCACUACACUAACUGACAAUUAAAAGAGGCCCCUUUUUCUUCUUAUUUCCGAGGACUAUUCUUCACCAUGGGCGACAAGAAGAGCCCGACCAGGCCAAAAAGACAAGCCAAACAGACUGCUGAUGACGGGUACUGGGACUGUAGCGUCUGCACCUUCAAGAACACCGCCGAGGCUUUCAAAUGCAGCAUCUGCGAUGUGAGGAAGGGCACAUCCACAAGGAAACCCAGGAUCAACUCCCAGCUGGUCGCCCAGCAGGUGGCUCAACAGUACCCGAUGCCUCCGCCGCCCAAGAAGGAGCGGCGAGAGAGGAGCGAGCGCACAGACAGGGAGCGCCCGGAUGGCGAGGGCGAGCGAGCCAACGGGGAGGGACGCCCGGAGGCUGAGCGUCCAGAGUUGGUGAGGCCGGAGGGAGACCCCCCCGAGAAGGAGAAGGAGAAGGAGGAGGAGGAGGAGAAAGAGAAGGAGAAGGAGAAGAGCGACACCGAACAACAGCCCAUCAUGGACAAACCGAACAAAGAGAAGGAAAUCAUCGCAGCCGUCACGAAGAAGCCCAGCAGCAAAAAGACCAGACCCAAAUCGGACAACCAGCAGAGCCCGCCCAGUGACAAACACAGCAUACAGUCUGGCAAAUCAGCAACAAAGACCAACAAGAACUCUCACAUUUCCAGGCCCAAGCUGAAGAACAUCGACCGGAGCACCGCUCAGCAGUUGGCGAUCACCGUAGGGAACGUGACGGUGAUCAUAACAGACUUUAAGGAGAAGACCCGCUCCUCCUCCACGUCCUCGUCCACCAUCACGUCCAGUGCGGGCUCCGAACAACAGCACCAGAGCUCCGGCUCCGAGAGCAUGGACAAGGGCUCAUCGCGGGCCUCCACGCCCAAAGGGGACCUCUCUGUGGGGCACGACGAGUCGUUCUGAGGUCCCGUACCCCAUUUCUUUUUCCUCACUGCCCUCAACCCCACUUCACCGCGCCCCCCCCUCAUCCAUCGCCCCCCCCCAAACACACACACACACACACACACACACACAAACAAACCCACAUGUUUCUGGACACUAUGGAUCCCAUAUGGGGAGAGAUAUCACCUUUCCCAUUGGUGCCCUGCCUCACCCACCCACCCACCCCCGGCUGCGGAGCGGAGUCGGAUGUCUGAGAGGAACAGUGCAGUGAGCCUGCAGCAAGGGCCCUGUUGGGCGAACUCCCCUUGUGGGUUACAACGCGUGGAACGCCCCCCCCCCCCCCCCCCCCCCCCCCCCCCCCCACACACACACACACACACACACACACACACACACACACACACAACCUCCCCUGCGGUAGCAUCCAGACACUUGUAUGUAUUGUUUUAUAUUUCUAUGUGGAUGUGAGGCCAAAUCGACCUAUUUUGUUUUUGUAAAGAAGAAUUCUUCGCUGGGCACAAUAACACCAUCAUUUCAGUAACUUUAAACUAUUAUUACCCUUAUUUAUUACCUGUUGCACCUGUAUACUUUGAUAUUCUCCUUUUUUUUUAUGUUGAAGCUUUGCUGUGUAGCCCCGCCGAUCGAUCAUUCCUUCAGUGUUUUUAUGACGAAGAUGACAGGACAAGACUCGAGUCACGCAGAUGUACACACACACACACACACACACACACACACACACACACUGGUGCUAGAUACACUGUGAAGCGGUUUUGCAGAUCUGGGAUUGCCCAUUCACUCAAAUGUGACAGAGUGCUGAUGAAUCAAAUUCUCAUUCACUUUUCUCAAUAACACUGUCGGGACCUUCACCGGGUCCGUCUUGGUCUGUACAGGUCAAGGUUCAGACUCCUGACCUUUUCAACUAGAUUGUCUAUGAUUUAGUAUGCUAUAGCAGAGCUCUUAUACAGUAUCUUAUGUCCUUAACUGUACAGUGUAGGCCGUUGUGUAAAACACUAAAAGCUGUUGAUAUUUUCUGCAUUCCGUACUUGGAUAUUGAGUUUUUCUUUUCUUUUCUUUUCUUCUGGCUAAAGGCAGAGCUGUCCUCUCAGCUCCGGAGCCAGAGUUUGUGUCUGUGGUGACUGAAGGGCGGUCCCACGCAGUUUCCACUCGGUAAAACCAUAUGGAACUGUAACAUAGACCCGUUGUGUCAAGCUGUUGUGAAUCGAUUCCAUCCUUUCUUUUGCUGUGGUCCUAAAGACUGCUUUGAAUCUUCAUUCUCUCAACCCGAUAUCCCAGAAAAAGGAGUGCAAAGAUUGACAAUUCAGUUGAUUUCUAUUUUUUUUUAAUUAUUUUUUUUAUUAAUUUAAGACUCCUGGAAAAAAAAAAAGAAUAUUGCAGUAGACAAUAGAACACAAUUGCCCUUUAAAUUUUUUAAACAGCGAGGCUUACUAAAGGGUUUUAAUUCACUUCCACCUUAGCUGAUACUAGACCAACAUAAUUUCCUUUAACUGUAUGAAAUUGUAUAAAGAAUAAAUGUGUAUAUCAUAUCUUAGUUUUAUUUAUUGAAGGACCAAAGGAAUUUCAUAAUGACAUGAUACAUAGACAGAUAAAUAACAAUUUGAAUUGCAAUUAUCUAAUGUGUGAGAUGAAUAACAGUUUAAAUAAAGACUAAUAUAAUCCAUGUAAA